AUGCCCAUUCCCCUGGACUGGUCCAGUGAGGCCAUAACGGUAUUAGGUUCGCAACUCUCAAAUGAUGGGGAAGAGCAUUGGGAGAAACCGCUUCAACAGCUUGAUACGAUAUUUUCUGGUUGGAAGUCGCGCACUUUGUCUUUUCAUGGUCGUGCUUUAAUUGCAAACACACUUGGUUUAAGCCUGUUUUGGUAUCUUCUGUCCUUUGUCUGUUUACCCGCGUCUACACUCAAGCAAAUCAACGCUAAAGUAUUCUCUUUUGUUUGGCAAAAGAAACGUGAGUGGCUUGCUCGUUCCUCAGUCACGCAGCGUCCAGCGCAAGGCGGCUUAGGUGUGGUUGAUGUCCAGACAAAAAUAUCGAGCCUUCAUGUCCUUUGGGUUAGGCGAUUGCUGGAACAUUCUCAUCUUCCUUGGGCCAGUUUCUUUUCGCAAUAUUUGACUCGAGCCUUUCCUGGUCGUAAAGUGGAUCAAAUCCUGCUUCUUCGUUUCCCCCCCAAAUAUGCUAUGGAUGCUCUCCCGCCAUUUUAUCGUUCUGUGAUGCAGUCUUGGUUCUCGCUGUCUCGUCGGGUCGAUAAUGGUGAAAUCGUUAUUGAUGGGGCCAGAUCUUCUUGUGCUCUUCACUCCCUCUCCGCUCGGUUUGUAUAUGGCGUCCUUUCCCGCAAGCAACGUACGCAACACCGGUGUGUCGACAAGUAUUGUAACUGGGGUUUCAUCGUCGAUUGGCAUCAGGUCUGGCUCAAUCUACAUCUGUGGAGGUUUAUUCGCCCGGUUCGUGAUACUUCAUGGCUUGUUGCUCACGGAAUCCUCCCUACAGCAGAUCGUCUCAGUCGGUUUGGUAUGGUUGUUGAUCCAAAGUGCCAUUGCGGUCAAGCCGAAUCUCUGCUCCAUUUGUUUGUUCAGUGCCCUGUUGCAGCCCGGCUCCUUGCAUGGUACUUCACCAUCUACCAACGUUUUUCUCCCACUGCCACUCAUCCCAUCGGAAGUCCUUGUUGGUUAUGGGAAGGGUGUGAAGAUUCCUCCUGUGUUUCCCUGUCUGUUGGGUAUUCUUAAACAUCAGCUUUGGUUAGCCCGGAACAGAGCCCGUUUCGAUCAUGCUGUGUUACGUCACUGCUCCAUCCUAUGCAAAGUUAAAUCUUCUCUUCGUUUCACGAUCCGUAUGCAGCAACGCAAUUGUCCCCUCAACAAAUUCUCAGAACUAUGGCUGGCUGAUGGGAUUUUUGGUACAUUGUCCAACGCGGAUAAGCUUGACUUCUCUGAAGAGUUUUGGUGAAUGUCUUCCUUCCUUGUCCUUCUUUGGGGACUCGGGGGUCGCCUUCAUUGGUUGUACUGCCGUAGUUCUCAAAGCUCUUAUGUUUGUUUUGUCUUUGUUAUCUCAGUUGUGUGAGUAACUUGUUUGUUCGUUUCUCGUUCUUCUUGGACUUGUCCAAUGAAGGCGGACUUUCCGUUUCUGUCAUAUUUGUUACGUUUUGCCCAACUGUUGGUUCUGUUUGUCCUUAUGUCGUCCUUUUGUUUGUUACGUCACUUGUUUGCCUUGUACUCUGUCUGUUCUUCAAUUUUUGAUCCAUGGCUUGCUGGGACUCUGUCCUUGUGAGCUGCAUGGCCUCUUCAAUGUUUCUCGAUCUUGUUAACCGGAGGGUUGCUCAUGUUGACAUCACAUUUGUAAUUAACAUCAUUCCUUGACCAUCCAUGAUCAUAGGUUUAGGGACCCCUGAGUGUGAAGAUGCUUCGCAUCGGAUCGCUUAGGCCAUUCAUCGAUGUCCAUGGCACGGGGGAGAGGGUCGUACUCUCUGUUGUCUGCUUGCUGUGUAGCAACCCCCUGG